AUGAAGGCGCUUGCAUUGUUAACAUUUGUUGCUGCUACCUCAGUGGCUGCAGCGCCUUCUUGGGGUCGACCUUGGAAACGAUCAAGCAACACAUCAGCCAGUCCGUUCGACGGUAAGAAGCUAUUUGCCAAUCCAGCUUGGUCGCAGAAACUGGAUCAAACAUAUGAUGCAUUUGUGGCCAAGGGCGACACUCAGAAUGCGCAAAAGGUCCGAUCGAUCCAGGACAUCGGAACAUUCGUCUGGGUCUCGGAUCGUGCUGGCUUGAAGAAUAUCGACGACGCCGUUGCUGCAGCUCGAGAAGAGAAGAAAGCCAGCGGUGUUGAUCAGAUCGUCGGUCUUGUGCUCUAUAAUCUUCCUGAUAGGGACUGCAGCGCUGGAGAAAGUGCAGGCGAGCUCAAUAGUUCGGAGAAUGGGCUCGAGAUCUAUAAGACGGAAUACAUCAAACCAUAUGCUGAAAAGGUUGCCGCUGCGACGGAUCUCACCUUCGCAAUUGUCUUGGAGCCGGAUUCACUGGCAAACCUUGUCACCAAUAUGGCAGUCGAGAAGUGUGCUGCAGCAGCUCCUGUGUACGAAGAAGGCAUUGCCUAUGCUAUUGCGCAACUUCAAUUCGACCACGUUCAUCUAUACAUUGACGCCGCUCAUGGCGGAUGGCUAGGUUGGGAUGACAAUUUGGCCCCGAGCGCAAAACUAUUCGGAAAGGUUGUGCGGAUGGCUGGCAACAGCACCAAGAUUCGCGGAUUUUCUACCAAUGUCUCCAACUACAACCCAUUCAACGCGAACCCAAGAGAGAACUUCACAGAGUAUAGCAAUUCAUGGGAUGAAUCCCAUUAUGCAUCCUCUCUUGCGCCACACCUGGAGGAGGAAGGGCUGCCUACACGAUUCAUUAUUGAUCAGGGGCGCGUCGCCUUGGCGGGAUCUCGCAAAGAAUGGGGCGAGUGGUGCAAUGUGUCUCCUGCUGGCUUUGGCAUCAAACCUGGCACUCCGGUCAAUAACACACUCAUCGACAGCAUUGUGUGGAUCAAGCCUGGUGGCGAAAGCGACGGGCAAUGCGGGAUGGAGGGUGCUCCUAGAGCUGGUGCGUGGUUUGAUGAGUAUGUUCAGAUGUUGGUUGACAAUGCUCAUUCUUCUAUUGCAUGA